AUGGCGGUGGCGUUUGCAAAGCUGGUCCCGCUACUGGCGGGUGCUGCCCUCAAGGCGACACCGGCCGCUGCCGGGAUUACGGCCGCGGUUGGGGCCGCUAUCAGUACGGCGUCGGCCGUGAUCGGGGUGGGCAAGUUGGCCAUCGUACCGAUACUGAUCGCUUCGCUCGCGUACUACAACUACGAUCUGUUCGAUCCGGAGAACCGGCCGUUCAACGUGCCCGAGGUGGACCGGGAGUACGACUUCAUCGUGGUGGGUGCCGGCUCCGCUGGUGCGGUCGUUGCUUCGCGGCUCUCGGAGAUCGGCGACUGGAAGGUGCUGCUGCUCGAGGCCGGCGGCCACGAGACGGAGAUCUCGGACGUUCCCAUUCUAUCGCUCUAUCUGCACAAGAGCAAGCUGGAUUGGAAGUACAGAACCCAGCCACAGAAGACGGCAUGUCAGGCGAUGAAGGACAACCGGUGCUGCUGGACGCGCGGUAAGGUCCUGGGUGGCUCGUCCGUGCUCAACACGAUGCUGUACGUGCGCGGCAACAAGCGUGACUUUGACGUGUGGCGCGCCCUCGGCAACCCGGGCUGGGGCUACGAGGAUGUCCUGCCGUACUUCCGCAAGUCGGAAGACCAGCGGAAUCCGUACCUGGCGCGCAACAAACGACAGCACGGAACAGGUGGACUGAUGCAGGUCCAGGACGCACCGUACCUGACGCCACUCGGGGUGUCGUUUCUGCAGGCGGGCGAAGAAAUGGGCUACGACAUCGUGGACGUGAACGGCGACCAGCAGACCGGGUUCGCCUUCUUCCAGUUCACCAUGCGCCGCGGUGCGCGCUGCAGCUCCUCGAAGGCGUUCCUGCGCCCGGUGCGCAACCGGAAGAACCUACACGUGGCGCUGUUUGCGCACGUGACGCGCGUCAUUCUGGACCCGGAAACGAGGCGUGCCCUCGGGGUGGAAUUCAUCCGAAACGGCAAGGUGCAGCAGGUGUUUGCGACACGCGAAGUGAUCCUUUCGGCCGGUGCCAUCGGAUCGCCCCAUUUGCUGAUGCUGUCGGGCAUUGGCCCUCGGGAGAACCUCGAACGGGUCGGAGUGCCGGUGAUGCACGAUGCGCCCGGUGUCGGGCAGAACUUGCAGGAUCACAUCGCCGUCGGCGGGUUGGUGUUCCGCAUCGAUCAGCCGGUGUCGGUGAUCAUGAACCGGCUGGUGAACCUCAACUCGGCCCUCCGCUACGCCGUCACCGAGGACGGCCCGCUGACGAGCAGCAUCGGGUUGGAGGCGGUCGGGUUCAUUAGCACCAAGUACGCCAACCAGUCGGACGAUUGGCCCGACAUAGAGUUCAUGUUGACGAGCGCUUCCACCCCGUCGGACGGAGGCGACCAGGUGAAGAAGGCACACGGGUUGAAGGACGAGUUCUACGACGACAUGUUCAGCGCCAUCAACAACCAGGACGUGUUCGGGGUGUUUCCGAUGAUGCUGCGGCCCAAGAGCCGCGGGUUUAUUCGGCUGCAGUCGAAGAACCCGCUGCGGUACCCGCUGCUGUACCACAACUAUCUCACGCACCCGGACGACGUGGGCGUGCUGCGGGAGGGCGUGAAGGCGGCGAUCGCGUUCGGGGAGACCCAAGCCAUGAAGCGGUUCGGGGCGCGGUUCCACAGCAAGCAGGUGCCCAACUGUCGCCAUCUGCCCGAGUUCACCGACGAGUACUGGGACUGUGCGAUCCGCCAGUACACGAUGACGAUCUACCACAUGUCGGGAACGGCCAAGAUGGGCCCACCGGAAGACCCGUGGGCCGUGGUCGAUCCGAAGCUGCGCGUGUACGGUGUCAAGGGGCUGCGCAUUAUCGACGCCAGCAUCAUGCCGCGCAUCACCAGUGGCAACAUUAACGCACCGGUCAUUAUGAUCGGCGAGAAGGGGGCCGAUCUGGUCAAGGAGCUCUGGCUGCAGAACCACUUCCGGCGAGGGAAGCGCCAAGAGUUUGCCAACGAAACGCUCGGUGCGGCAAACGUAACGCUUGACGGCGGCGGCGAUGCCGAAGCAGUGCUUAACUCAAACGAAACUGCUCCCAGUUAG